AUGCUCUUCAGCAAGACCCUCUCUCUCGUUGCUUCGGCCAUUGCCGCCGUUGCUUCCCCCAUCUUGUCCCGAGACAGCGGCAGCAUCUCGGUGACCCCUCAUUACCGGUACUCGUCGUCCGCGGGCGUGCUCGGCUGCAAGAUCGACACCAACCGCGUAGCGUACUGGCCCUCCAACGUCGACUGCAACAACCUGUGCGUCAAGGUCACCUCCAACGGCCGCACCGUCCAUCUCCUCAAGGUCGACACCUCGGGCGGCGCCUACGACAUCUCGUACGACGCCUGGAACUACCUGCUCACCGGCAAGGGCGCGCACGACUCCCCCGCCAUGGGCGGCGGCAUCCCCGCUACCUUCGACCACGUCCCCCUGAGCGAGUGCGCCGGCCUCAUCAAGGAGCCCGAGGGCCGCCUCGCCAUCUCCGCCGCCAACGGCAUGAACUUCUUCGAGACCUGCGGCAACACCAAAACCGUCCUGUACAACAUCGCCAACCCCGUCUGCACCAGGGGCUACGACGAGGUGUGCACUCUGGCCCCCGGCGCCAACCAGGCUACUUGUGCCCACCAGCUCGGCUCCCUCGACUCCUUGACCUCUCAGCCCGUCUGGAACAUCGACUACGGCACCGGUGCCCUGUCCCUGGCAGUUUAA